AUGUCGGCCGCUACAAUCGAGCAGGGUGUAGCCGGUGUGAAGCUCAACGGAGCGGACGAGUCGGCCGCGAAGGACAGCGAAACGACAGCACAGAACGGCACGAAUGGAGAGGUGGAUGGCGGUGAUUCGGACGAGGACGAUGCGGAUGAGGGACAACAGGACGGAGCGACAGAGGGCGCAGCGAAAAAGAAGAAGAAGAGAAAGCCCAGGAAAAAGAAGAAGGCCGGCACCGGAGUUUCAGGCGGAGGUGCAAAGGCGCAGAAGGAACCUCCAACCGUGAAGGUCUCGGACCUGUUUCCCAACAACAGCUACCCCGUGGGCGAGGAAGUGGACUACAAGAACGAUAAUGCAUACCGGACGACAAGCGAGGAAAAGAGAGAGCUGGACCGCAUGAACUCGGACUUUCUUACAGACUACCGUCAGGCCGCCGAAGUACACAGAGAAGUGAGAAAGUAUGCGCAGAAAACAAUAAAACCUGGCAUGAGCUUAACGGAGAUCGCGGAGAUGAUUGAGAACGGCACGAGGAAUCUGACGGGACAUAUGGGUCUGGAAGAGGGCGACAAUCUGAUCGGCGGCGUGGCAUUCCCCACAGGACUGAGCUUGAACCACUGCGCAGCACACUACUCACCAAACGCCGGCAACAAGAUGAUUCUGAAGCAGGAGGACGUUAUGAAGGUUGACUUUGGUGUGCAUAUCAACGGCCGAAUAGUGGACAGCGCCUUCACAGUAGCAUUCGAGCCACAAUACGACAACCUUCUUGCAGCUGUAAAGGACGCGACAAACACUGGAAUCAGACUAUCCGGCAUCGACGCUCGACUAGGAGAAAUCGGUGAGGGCAUUCAGGAAGCCAUGGAGGCAUACGAGGUUGAGAUCAACGGCACGACAUACCCAGUCAAGUCCAUCCGGAACCUGAACGGCCACACUAUCGGCCACUACAGCAUCCACGGCGGCGCGGCUGGAAAGUCAGUGCCCAUAGUCAAGAGCAACAGCAACGAGAAGAUGGAGGAAGGAGAAGUUUACGCCAUUGAGACAUUCGGUAGCACAGGCAAGGGUAUCGUAAGGGACGACAUGGAGUGCUCACAUUACUCUCUGAACCAAGACGCACCAAAGGUGGCUCUUCGGGUCGCUUCGGCCAAGACCCUGCUCCGCAGCAUCGAGAAGAACUUUGGAACACUGCCUUUCUGCCGGCGGUACCUGGACCGUCUAGGACACGACAAGUAUCUUCUGGGCCUGAACAAUCUCGUCCAGUCUGGGAUUCUGCAAGAUCACCCGCCGCUUGUGGACAUCAAGGGCAGCUAUACGGCACAGUUUGAGCACACGAUUCUACUCAGGCCGAAUGUGAAGGAGGUGAUCAGUCGUGGCGACGACUACUGAUUGAUGACCAAGUGCUACGAAUUCGACGGCAGAGUAGAGAGGCAUGAUGGGACGGCGCAUGAUUAGUGGUCCACCGCUCACUUCGAAUAAAAGCUCACGCCCUUGUCAC